AUGGACUAUAAUAGGAUGAACUCCUUCUUAGAGUACCCACUCUGUAACCGGGGACCCAGCGCCUACAGCGCCCACAGCGCCCCUACUUCCUUUCCCCCCAGCUCGGCUCCCGAUGUUGACAGCUACGCCAGCGAGACCCGCUAUGGUGGGGGGCUGCCCAGCCCCGAGCUUCAGCAGAAUUCAGGCUAUCCCGUCCAGCAGCCGCCCUCGGCCCUGGGGGUGCCCUUCCCCAGCUCCGCGACCUCGGGGUACCCCCCGGCAACUUGCAGCCCCAGCUAUGGGCCUUCUCAGUACUACCCUCUGGGCCAACCAGAAGGAGACGGAGGUUAUUUUCAUCCUUCGAGCUACGGGGCCCAGCUAGGGGGCUUGUCCGACGGCUAUGGGACCGGGGGAGCUGGCCCGGGGCCAUACCCUCCGCCACAGCCCCCUUACGGGCCGGAGCAGAGAGGGAGCUUUGCACCGGCCUAUGCUGAUCUCCUCUCCGAGGACAAGGAGUCGCCCUGCGCGUCAGAACCCAGCGCCCCCACUGCCCGGACGUUCGACUGGAUGAAGGUUAAGAGGAACCCGCCCAAGACAGCGAAGGCGUCGGAGCUGGGCCUGGGCGCGCCCGGCGGCCUCCGAACCAACUUCACGACGCGGCAGCUGACCGAGCUGGAGAAGGAGUUCCACUUCAACAAGUACCUGAGCCGGGCCCGCCGGGUGGAGAUCGCCGCCACCCUGGAGCUCAACGAGACGCAGGUCAAGAUUUGGUUCCAGAACCGGCGCAUGAAGCAGAAGAAGCGCGAGCGGGAGGGAGGCCGGCUGCCCGCAGCCCCUCCAGGCUGCUCCAAGGAGGCCCCGGGAGACGCCUCCGACCAGUCCACGUGCACCUCCCCGGAGGCCUCGCCCAGCUCCGUCACCUCCUGA